AUGGCGUCUAAUAUCCUUCAGCUCCCGUUUCGGCGCUCGCACGCAGUCUCGCUGUCCGAUGCCAUCACGCAGUAUAUUUCCUCCAAAUAUGACCAACGCCCGGAUAUGUUCGCGGAGGAUCUGAUGAUCAUCGAUCGUUUACGCUCCGAGGCUGUCAAUGUCCAAGAACCGCAUUUCAGCGGCGUCACGCGCUUGGUAACCUAUGCAGCUCAGCUGAAGUGGCUAGGCGGGAAAUUCCCGAUCGAUGUUGGUGUGGACUUUUCAUGGUAUCCUGCGUUCGGAUUUAAUGCUUCGCGACCGAUAUCCCAGAACAACCUCCGGUUUGAAUUAGCGAAUGUUAUUUUCAACCUCGCCGCUCUUUACUCCCAACUCGCAUAUGCGGCGAACCGGACAACCACCGAUGGACUCAAGCAGGCAUGCAACUACCUCUGCUCGGCUGCGGGCGUAUUGAGUCACCUCAGGACUGAAAUUAUUCCGGACCUACGUACUUCACCACCGGAGGAUAUGGACGAGAUGACGCUGCAGAGCUUGGAACUGCUGCUGCUUGGACAGGGACAGGAAUGCUUCUGGCAGAAGGCCGUCAAAGAUGGGUUGAAAGACGUGUCUAUCGCAAAGCUGGCAGCCAAGGUUUCCGACUUCUAUGGUGAUGCGGGAGACUUGGCUGUGAAGUCGAAUGCGAUUAGUACCGAUUGGAUCCAUCAUAUGACCGCAAAGCAUCACCACUUUUCAGCCGCAGCUCAGUUCCGACAGUCGCUUGAUUGUUUGGAGAAGCGCAAGUAUGGAGAGGAGGUUGCGCGACUGCGUGAUAGUCUGAUCUGCGUCAAUGACGGUUUGAGGGAGCAGCGAUGGAUCAACAGAACUGUGCUUGGCGACUUGAAUGGGCUUAAGAGCCGGGUUGCGGAGGAUUUGAAGCGUGCCGAGAAAGAUAACGACGUUAUUUAUCUCAGUCCUGUGCCGCCAAAAUCCGAACUUAAGACGAUCGAACGUGCAAGCAUGGUGCUUGCGAAAGCGCCUUCGCAGGUCACUGAUGCUGUCACGAUGCUGGGGGACAAUGGUCCAUUGGGCCAGCCACUCUUUUCCAAGCUGGUGCCGUACGCAGUCCACAUUGCUGCGAGCAUCUACACCGACCGCCGCGACCGCUUGGUCAACGAAACUCUCAUUGGAGAAUUGGAAUCGAUGACCGACAAACUAAGAGACUUGCUUUCAUCUCUCAACUUGCCAGGAUCGCUUCAGGCACUCGAGAAGCCGUUGGGUCUCCCGCCAACCCUCGUCUCACACGCUGAAGAGAUGCGGCAGCAGGAUGGGCUUAAUCGCCUGCACCGGUCUAUUGAGGACACCGUCAAAGUCAAGAACAAUGAUAUGGCCGUCUACAACGAGGGUGUAGAGCUUUUAGCAGCCGAAAAGGCUGAAGACAUCGCUGCCCGCAAUAAAUACGGGACAGAUCGCUGGACUCGUGAAACAUCAGAGUCUGCUGCCCCCAAAAUCUACAGGACUCUGAACGAGAUCAGUGGAUACUUCACCUCUGCCCAGAGCAGUGAUGACCUUGUGCAGCGUAAGCUGCGAGACUCACGAUCGGUUUUCCUCGUCCUCACGGGCACGAAUCAUGACUUGGAGGCUUACGUGCCGAGUAGCCGCAGGGCUGCCAUUCCAGCUGAGGUCGAACGCGAGUCAAAUCGGCUGCGCGGGUGUCUCAGUGAGGUCACUCGGAUGGAGAAUCGCCGGCGCCGGCGUAUCCAGACUUUGAAGGACAAGGCCCGUGGCGAUGACAUUCAUCCUGCGCUUUUGAGAGAAACUGCCCGACUGGAACGACAGUUCCCCAUGCAGCCUAUCCAGGCUAGUCAAUUUGAAGAUCUCUUUGAAGAGGAGCUUCAUCUGUAUGACACUGACCGUGAAAUGCUAGCCCAAGAACGGAGAGACCAGGACCAUCUCUCAGAUCAGGUCCGAGAAGCGAACCGCGCCUUUACCGGGGCACACAAGGGCGAUGCGUCGACAAAGGAACGUGAAACGGCCCUACAAGAUCUCGAAAAUGGAUAUCUGAAGUACAAAGAGAUUAUCUCGAAUAUCGACGUGGGACGGAAGUUUUACAAUGAUCUCGCCAAAAUUGUCGGCCGCUUCCGUGACGACUCCAAGGCAUUUGUUCAUCAGCGUCGGAUGGAGGCAAGCCAAGUGGAAGCAGAUAUUUCCAACGCCGCAGCAAUGGCCUCACUCCAUAUUUCCCAGCCGCAUCUCCGCCAACAGCCCCAACAACAGCCAGCGCGCGCACACCACUCCCCCUCCCCCUACUCUGCUCCCUCGCAGCCGCCGGCCCAGCCACUCCCACCCGUUGCCCGACCGAUUGAAACCGCGCCUCUCACUGCACCGCAGCCCGUUCGUGCGCCCGUCGCCCCGCCGCCCGUCUCUUCCGCGGCCAUGCCGGGUGGGAUGCCUGGAAUGUGGAGCCCUGAAAUGGGCAUCCGGUUCGGCUCUGCCGGCAUUCCUCCCGGUGCCACGCCUGCUGCACCUGCACCUGCACCUGCAACUGCACCGAGUCAUCCUACUCGACCUCAGCAAACCACAUGGGAUCCCAGUCAGGGCCUGCGGUUCUCCUGA